UUCAACUCUUUCUAAUGGCAGCCUCAGAUCCUCUUCAACAUACCUUUCUGCAGUGCCUAUCUCUCUAUUCUGAACCUUCUCAUCCAAUCUCUACAGUCACCUAUUUCCCCAACAACCCUUCAUACCCACCCAUAUUGGAAUCCUAUAUCAGAAACCUGAGAUUCAACUCAUCCACAACUCCAAAACCAUCAUUCAUUGUGACCCCAACUCAUGUUUCCCACAUCCAAGCAUCAAUCAUAUGCUGCAAAAGGUUUGAGCUUGAAAUGAGAAUAAGAAGUGGGGGUCAUGACUAUGAUGGCCUUUCAUAUGUAUCAGAAGCCCCAUUCAUUAUUCUUGACAUGUUCAUGCUCAGAUCAGUGUUGGUUAAUUUAGAAGAUGAGACUGUGUGGGUUGACUCAGGUGCAACAAUUGGUGAACUUUUUUAUAGGAUUGCUGAGAAGAGCAAGAUCCAUGGCUUCCCUGCUGGGGUGUGCCCCACUGUAGGUGUUGGAGGCCACUUCAGUGGAGGAGGUUAUGGGAAUUUGAUGAGAAGAUUUGGACUCUCUGUGGAUAAUGUUUUGGAUGCUCAAAUUGUGGAUGCUAAUGGAAGAAUUUUGGAUAGGAAAUCAAUGGGGGAAGAUCUUUUCUGGGCUAUUAGAGGAGGUGGGGGUGCUAGUUUUGGGGUCAUAGUUUCAUGGAAAAUCAAAUUGGUUCUUGUACCAGAGAUUGUGACAGUUUUUAGAGUUGAAAAAACAUUGGAACAAGGUGCCACAGAUAUUGUUCAUCAAUGGCAAUAUGUUGCUGAUAAGAUACACGAUGGGCUAUUUAUUAGAGUGGUUCUUAGUCCUGUGAAGAGAAAGGGUCAGAAGACAAUAAGGGCCAAAUUCAAUGCUUUGUUUCUUGGAAAUGCAGAACAGCUGCUUGAUAUAAUGAGUGAGAGAUUCCCUGAACUGGGUUUGAUUGGUGAACAGUGCAUUGAGAUGAGUUGGAUAGAUUCUGUGUUGUUUUGGUAUAACUAUCCUGUGGGGACUUCAAUUGAUGUUUUGCUUGAAAGGCAUCCUUCACCAGAGAAAUUCUUGAAGAGGAAAUCAGAUUAUGUGCAGCAGCCCAUUUCCAAAGUUGACCUUGAAGGUAUAUGGAAGAAGGUGAUGGAACUAGGAAAACCUGCUCUGACAUUCAAUCCUUAUGGUGGGAAAAUGAGUCAGAUUUCUGAGGUGGAAACACCUUUUCCACACAGAGCUGGUAACAUAUAUAAAAUUCAGUACUCAGUGAAUUGGAAAGUUGAGGAGGUAGCAGAUCACUACAUAAACUUGACAAGAAAACUUCAUAAAUUCAUGACUUCUUUUGUCUCCAAGAACCUUAGAGAGGCUUUCUUAAAUUAUAAGGAUCUUGAUUUGGGUAUCAACCAUAAUGGUAAGAACGGCUACUGUGAAGGCAGAGUUUAUGGAGUCGAGUAUUUUAAGGAGAACUUCAACAAGUUGGUUCGAAUCAAAACUCUGGUUGAUCAUGGCAAUUUCUUCAGGAACGAACAAAGCAUCCCUAAGGUGCCAUAUCGCAAGUGAUAGGGUCAGGAGCCUUUAUCUUAAGCUACAUUCAUAUUUAAAAGAAAGGUAAUGUAAUAUAAAUU